UAAAAGCUGAAACUCCAAGAUAAAAAAGUUAGAAUUUAAAUUGUUGCUAUUUCUUCAAUUAAGUUGCAAAACUAGCCGUAUUUCAAUAGCGCCCUAAAAGUGGUUGUUUGUCAAAAUCAUCCCGAUCUAAAAGACUUCCCCACAAUCCAAUUCUUGACAGCCCAAAACUCCCUCCUAUGGUUUGCCGUUGAAGCAAGACAAGUGUAAUUGAAAUUGCAGGAAUUACAUUUCUUUAAAAGUAAACUUUCAACUGCAGCUGUGCAGAUUCAUGGAAUUGUAGUAGUAGGACAUUAACAUGGGAAUCUUUAAGGAGAAGAAGAAAAAUGCAUCUCCAUUAGCUACCUCACCUUGUUCUCAACUCAGAGAAGCUUACCAUAAUUGCUUCAACAGGUGGUAUUCUGACAAAUUCUUGAAGGGUGAGUGGAAUAAAGAGGAGUGUGUUAUAGAGUGGAAGAAAUAUAGAGAUUGUCUAUCUCAACAUUUGGAUGAUAAGCAUUUGAGUAGAUUCUUGGAAGCCGAUGGAAUUGUGGGUGGUGCUAAUCAAUAUGAUUCUAAGAGCUCCACUGGUGCCCCCAAAUAAUACAACACACAAGUGAGCAUCUUGAAGAACCAUGGAAAUGAAAGGUGAUUUAAAGUAAAGUAUAAUUAGAUUGUUUUUGUAAUUGUAUGUGAUGUGAAGUGAGGUGACAUGUAAUCAAUCGAGGAAAAAGUACUUGAAUCUUCCUCUGAUUGAACGGCUUUCCUCUUUUGGAGUUUUGCAUGUAAACAUUUGUGUAGAACUAGGCAAGCGUGCUGCAUAGCACUGAAAGAUUGUCUUACAAUAGCAAUGCUCCAACUGGAAAUUUUGACACUUGAUAUAAUUUUAAGCUAAGGAUUGUUAGACUGUGA